CUCCUCACACAGGCAUGUCAUCAGUGAGCAUGCGCAGACCUCUCUUAGGUUACACGAGUUUAUUUUCAGCCUUUUCUCCUGAAUCCUCGUAAUGAAGGUGUAAACUGAAGACUUUGGAGGAUAUAAAAUGCUCUUUCAUGGAUGUUUGGAGUAAAAACUUUGAGCGGGAACGGCUCAGGAGGAGCUCGGACAGGAAUCUAUCAGUGAGAUGUGAAAUGUUGCUGCGUGGUUUGUCGGUAUUUGCAGGAGGACAGACACAGCCAGGCUAACGUUAGCCCCGGAGCUCGGCUGUGAACGAGCUGUGGCGUCGACGCAGCGUUUAUUUCACUCAAUAUUAUCACGAACAUUAUCUAAAGAUCACCUGUUUUCACAUUAAAGUGGGUCUGACCUCAAACACAGCAGCAGAGGAGCGUCGAAGCUAAUGCUAGAGACAUCUAUGUUAGCGACAUCUAUCAUCUGAGGCUCCUUCUGACAUUUACUCCGAUCAUAUUAACCUUCCUCCGGCCGGACUGAGCUGAAAUGCACCGCUGAUUCUACAUUAUAAGUGUUUAUUUUUCACAUUAGCCGGACUCCUCCUCUGUGUUUUGGCUGACAUGGCAGCCAGCGGAUACUCGGACCUGAGGGAGAAGCUCAAAUCCAUGACCCCUCACAGAGACGAGCAGCAGAAGAACAACAACAAAUACGUGGACGAAAGCGCGAGUAACGGCGGAAAAGGACGAAAGCGCAAAUUUCGGGAGUCCGACGACGAUGAUUACGAUCACAGCGACGACAGCGCCGAGCUCCGGGAGCAGGAGGCCCGCCGGGUGAGGAGCAGCAUCCAGCAGAAGAGCAUCUUCAGCCCCGAGGAGUGCGCCCUCAUCGAGGAGAAGAUCGACGACGUGGUGGCCAAAGGAGAGGCCGGACUUUACCGGGAGCACACCGUGGACAGAGCCCCCCUCCGGAACAAGUACUUCUUCGGGGAGGGGUACACGUACGGAGCCCAGCUAGAGAAGCGUGGACCCGGUCAGGAGAGGCUGUACCGUAAAGGAGAGGUGGAUGAGAUCCCGAUCUGGGUUCAUGAGCUGGUGAUCAAGCGUCUGGUGUCCUGCGGGGUGAUCCCAGAAGGUUUUGUGAACAGUGCGGUCAUCAAUGAUUAUCAACCAGGUGGCUGUAUCGUGUCUCACGUGGACCCCCUGCACAUCUUUGCACGUCCGAUCGUAUCGGUAUCCUUCUUCAGUGACAGCGCGCUCUGCUUCGGCUGCCGGUUCCAGUUCAAACCGAUCCGGGUGUCCGAGCCCGUGUUCGUCCUUCCAGUGAGGAGAGGGAGUGUCACAGUGCUCAGGUGAUACCGUCUCUUAGUGUCAGUCAUGCUCUGAUGUAGGGCUGGGCGAUUUGACCAAAAGAAUGACCAUGAUGUAUUGUGUCAUAUCGUCCGAUCUCGAUUAUUAUCACGAUUUUUUCUCAAACUGCCAGUUUUAAAGUAUCUGUACCGAAAACUAAAGAAACUAAAGAUCAGUUCAACGUUUAGUUAACAUGCAAAGUAAAUAACAAACUAAAGUAAAUAAGAUAAACUAAGAAAAAUAUAAAAAACAUUUUCACUCAACAGUACAACAAAUGGAGAUAAAUGUUGUCUUGGUAUUUUCACUGUGGUGAUUAUUUUUACUGCUAUUAUUACUAUGAUAAUUGAUAUUAUUAUAUAAUAUUAUUAUAUAUAUUUAAAAAAUUAGUGUAGGAGAAGGAGUGGGACGGGGUAAGUCUUGAUUUCUUCCCACUCAUUUUUUAACUUGAAUAACUGUCAUUUGUUCUGUAUACUUUACUUUAUUAUUUUUAUUAUUUUAUAUGUUCAAAAUAAACUUCAAUCAAUCAAUCAAAUAUUAAUUAAUACAGUGAACUAGAUUACUGUCCUGAGUGUUUUUUCAGGUAUGCAAGACACCAAAUAAACAAAUCGCCCCUCAGGGAUAAUGAAGACUUAGUAAAAUGUAACCAUUAGAUGAUUUAAACGUAGAUGAUACGAUUGAUCGCUUUUUUACCGUCAGAAGUGACGGGCUGUACAGACUCCGCCCACAUUUUUAUGUUUUCCUCAUAAUCACUCGGGAAGAACUUCUUUAAAUAAUUAAACAGAUUUGUUGUGUUUUCGAUUUUUGAGCGCACCGACCGCAGCCAUACCAUAAACAUCGGCUUAAUAAACAGCCGAUGUGCAAUAACAACACACCAACGUUGAAUAACUACCUUUCAACGAUCGCAUCUUCUGAGGAUGACUCAAAGUCGUGGCUAACAUGUAUUUUAGAAGUGCCAAGCUCGACUCUGAUUGGCUGUUGUGACACACAUUUCUGCUAUGUUUGAUCGAGUAAAUAUGCUCACAGCUGAUCACCGCGAUCAAACUGAAAUUCAACAUGAUCAUAAAUCAUGAUCAUAUAAUCGCCCAGUCCUACUCUGAUUGCAUUCCUGCUUCUGUGCGGACGCCAAGAGCUUAACUCAGUGUGUUUUUUUCUUUUUCAGUGGUUACGCAGCAGAUGAUAUCACUCACUGCAUCCGACCACAAGACAUCAAGGAAAGGCGCGCAGUUAUCAUCCUGAGAAAGUGGGUCAGAAUCCUGUCAGAAGAGUCAUAAUCUGCUCUUAAAUCUGACUCUGAUUUAUGUGCUUCUUCUUGUGCCUCUUCUCCUCAUCAGGACCAGGCCUGAUGCUCCUCGACUGGACUCAGACAGCCCUUUAAGUUCAUCUCCUGUAGAGAGACCGAUUCCUCUGAAACCCAAACGCUCUCAUCGCAGAGCAGACCCAGACGCCGCUCACAGGUAAACAUCCCCACCUGCACACAGCAAAGGUCCAAUAUGAGCAAAGUCAAAAUCUGACAAAUCUAAGGAGCUCAGCCCUGUAUCCUACAUGAAAACAUUUCUUUUUAGUUUCAAAGUUUAACAGGGACGUGAAAACAGAAGAUCACAGAGAAUCAAAAACACAGAAAUCAAUGUAAACAGACUCUGAUCAAAGUCCUGAAUUCUGUGAGAGAAGGAUGAACUUUAACCUUCAGUGUUUGCUGGUGCCUAUCCAGUCAGUAAAACCAGUCAUGCAGGUUUCAAGAUUGCAUUCUAACAGGCUUUAAUAUAUGGAGGUAGUUUCCACAGCAGCGUGUUAACUCUUCAUACCACCCAAAUGUCCAUGAACCACUCAGAUCUCAUCCAAAACACUCAGAAGAUCAAAUAUCACUGAAAAUAUCAGACCCGCUCUGAUUUCACUCUGUAGUGUCCUUCAAAGUAAAAGCAUGAUCCGUUUAUUUUAUUCUGCACGGUUCUUUUACUUUGAAGUGGAGGACAGGAGAGCUGUUUGGUGAAAGAAGAAACUGAUUCAAGCUGAAGGUGAAAAAAACAGGAGUCAGCUGAGUUAGUAACCAAACAACAUCAGGUUACCAGAUAUUUCCACCUCCUCAGACAUCCUCUCCCUUCACAUGCAUCUGUUCCUGUUUUUACUGCUCAGCUGGUGUCUGUGUGAAUCGAGUCCCCCUUCAUAGACCCCUGACAGCUUCUGAGAGAAUUUCCUCGUAUGAAUUAAACCUCACAUAUGAAUUUAACCGCACAUAUGCCUGCAGUCAUGAUAGAUUGAUGAAGUUAGGAGAGAGAUAAUUAAGUGAGAUCUCUUCCUCCCCCGACUCUUUGCAGUUCAGGGUCCAGUCGGUAUCUUCAGUACCUCAACUUUUCAGAGUGGAAACCCAAACAGAACUGGACAAGACUCUUUAGUGGAAGCACAGCUGUUUAGACUAGGGCUGCACGAUUUUGGCCAAAAAUAAAAUCCAGAUUCUUUUCUCUGAAAACUCGAUUUUCGAUUUUUUAUUCAGUGAUAACUUCCUCAAACUUCACUUUAAUACAAAGUUUCUCUAUCAUCUCUUAAAACCAAACCACUGAAAACAAUGUAGUGCAUAUGCCAAGCCAGUGAGUGGCACUGUUACCUGAAACGCCGUUUCUGUGUGGAUGAAACGCCGAUACAACAAAAAACUUUAGCGUUUCCUCCUGAAUUUGUUUCCAUGGUGACGGGUUGAUACCGCCUUCAGACAGACUUUACAGCGGGGAGUGGUUUACUCUUCAUCUGACACUGUGAAGUCGUACCAAUUCAACACGACUGACUUGCUCUUGUCCUAUUUAACCACGAAAUUAUCGCCUUAUUUAGUAAACGCCAUGUUUGUUUACACUGGUGUGUGGGAACUGGGGAGCCUACGGUGGCCUGGAGGGGCGAGACAUGAAAGAGAGGAAAAUCGAUUUGAGGGUUUUUAUCUUUUUAACAUCGUCAAAAUUAAAUAAUCUGAUUACGAUUCAAUUUGAUUUAUCGUGCAGCCCUAGUUUCGACACACAAACAUCAGCAGAUCCGCUCAGGUGGGAGGUCGCUCUCUGACCGACUUUACUCUGCAUUUAGGAUCCAUCAGCCUCCCACAAAUCCACAACUUCUGCAAAACCUCAGCUUCCUCCAGCGAGCCCAAAAACAGCCCAUGAUCUACGAUCAGGAGCAAAAUUACGGCAGAUGACCUUGUAACGUAAAACAAUUCUGCACUUCUGCUGUUCAGCUCCUGAACAUGGUGACACACACACACAGCCUUUAUUUCAGCCUCAGCACUGAAAUCAUGGCUGACAGUCCUUCAGACUCAUCGCUCUUCAUGUUUCUUGGAUCAUAUUUCAUCCGCUCUUGUCAGGAUUAAACGUUACUCUCCUGACGAACACAGUUUCUCUGUUGGGCUCAUACGAACUCACAGCUGGGGUCAGAAUGCAGGUUAGCUCCAGGAGUGGGUCUGUGGGGGCCUCUGUAAGACUUUAAACCCUCCUUUGAGAUCUAACAGGUCGGUCUCAUGUCUCUACAGGCACACUAGUCCUUCUUUCAGAGCAGCCGACUUAGAUCUGAAGUGAAAUCCAGUCAGAUUCAUGUGAAGGCUGCUGCUCAGUGUAAAUCAGAGUCCUGUCGGCCUCACAGCUCUGUAUACCAAAUAUAUUACGAUCUCCCGUUCAUAAAAUCAGUGCAGCAGACUCGUAAAAAUUGUGAAAGAGCUUCUGUAAUUUGGGAUCAGUCUUCUUCGAUCAGAUCUGUUGAUUAAAGCCGCCUCUCCUCGCUCGACGACUGGAGCAGAAAAAGUCAAGAGAGCUUAAAUAUCCAAUUAAGGAUCAGAUCAGUUUUCUCUUUCCUUAUAUUUCAUCGUUCAUUUGCACGGUGAAUGAACGCUAAGCUGAGAUAAGGGCCCCACAUAUCACUUCUGUCACUCAGUGCUUCAGUAGAAAUCCACGGAGGAGAAAUCCGGAUUUUCUCUGUUAAAAACAUGAACUGAUGACGGAGAUAUGGGAGUGUCUCAGGGGGAUUCACGGUGAGGGACAGGGACGGCGUCCCUCGAGAACACGGUGGUCAUUAAUUAAGACUUCAAAGAUAAAACCUUUUCAGAUACAUCAGUGAUGAAGCUUCUGAGAGGACACGAGGAGCUCCUCUUCAUCAGACAUUAUUGAGUCGAACCAACAAUCACAUUCUCAGUGAACUCGCAUUAAAAAGGGUUUAGAUAAGAGGAGGAGAACUUCUUCAAAUGUCCUGGAUUUGUUUGUAAAACAGAUAAUCAUGGAGAACAUAAAAACUUAACAUGAGUUUAUGUUUAAGAUCAGAAAGAGAGAGCGUUAUAAACUCUGAUGGAAGCUCAGGAGACAGAUUUGUCCAGAACAACUGAAGAAAAAAGAAUCAUCAGAUGGAAAAAUGUUGAUCAAUCAAACUGAGAGUUUCACAAAAACAACAAUAACAACAAUAACACCUCUGUUAGAGAAAUGAUGGAAGUAUGAGUUAGUAACAAAAAGUUAUGGGAUUCAAUCAACAGUUUGGUUAUAACACUUAAAAGUUCUUGAACUGAGCUAAACCGAAAAUAUAAGAGAGUUUAUUUAUUCACCUUGAUUAUUUUCAAGGUGACACAACACGCUUACGUCACCACAGGAGAAGGAGGAGUAAGCGCGGUCAGCAAUUCUCCUCUGAGUUGUGGGCGGAGUCAGCGCUGCUCUGCACACUCCUCCUCACGCUAUCUUACAGUCUAAUAAUGUCGGUGUUGUAGACGAAGCAGGUAACACAGGAGCUGUUCAGCUAUCAGACACUUUGGGGUCAUGAUAAAAGUUAAUAUCAUGAUUCGCUUUCUUACGAGCAUUGUAAUCGGCUAACACACACGCUUGUUCAGCAAUAGUUACACUUUAACUAAAAAAAAGAUGUCUAAUCCGAUUACUCGAUUAUGUUGUUAGUUUAGCACUUAACCUGGUAUCAUAUAUUAAGGUUACCAAAGAGGGUUAGGGCAGCAUUAAGAGAAAAAAUAACCACAGGAGGGAGAUUAAAGUCGAAAUUUUGAGAUUAAAAAAAUCGAAAUAAUGUCAAUAAAGUCGAAAUUUGGAGAAUAAAAGUCAAAAUUUCAAGAUUACGAAAUGUCGUGAAUGAUGUAGAAAUUUCGAGAUUAAAAAAAUCUGAAUUUUGAGAUUAAAGUCAAAAUUUCGACUUUAUUCACAUAAUUUAGACUUUAAUCUUGAAAUGGAAAUUUAACAAACCUCCUUCCUGUAAUUCUUUAUUUCUCUUUUUGUGGCCAUUAUCCUCUUUUCUAUCAGGUAUCGAGGAUUCGUGUGUCACAUGAAAAUUUGCAAAAUAUAUAAAUGAAAAUGAUGAAUCAUCAUGUUCAUUAUGAUAAUAAACACAACACAGCCUGAUUUAUACUUUAUAAUAAUAAUAAAAUAUCAAAGCCUUUAAAUGGUUCGUGUCUUCUUGUCAAACGUUUUCAUUCAGAAUAACUGCUGUCCUGAAGGCUGUCCCUCGUACUUCUAAAUACAGUCUGUAAUGUCGUGUAGGGAUGUCUGUUAAAGGCCUCAGCUGUAUUCAGAUCCUGACUCAGUAUAAUUUUUAUUUCUUCGCAGUUUUUUUGUAAAUAGUGAAGUUAAUUCUGAAACUGUGCAGGAACUGAUCAGUACUGACCUCCAUCUUUGUUUGUCCUGCAGGCCCAGAGUUCUGGAGAUGGACAAAGAGGAGAACAGACACCCGUCUCUGUCCCGUCACGAGCGCCACAGCGUCAGCUCGGAGAACUACUGGAGACGCGGUCAAGACUCGAACAGACACAGAGAGAGUUCAGGACGCAAAGUCAAGAUGAGACGCCACUGAGCGCCGCUCUCCUUAUCCACACAUGAUCUACACUUAUAGAAACAUACCCGCUCAUUCACGUAUCUCUGUAUCGUAACUUUUUUUUGACGAGUCGUCAUUUUCUCGCUCACAGAUCUGAACCACGUCUGCGUUUUGAUUUGAGUCUCUUCAGUUUCGGUGCGUCUUUGUUUUGUUUCUGGCAGAUGAAGCUGGCGUCUCUGCGGAUCCUCGAGUUACUUAGUGCAGUUAGACUCUGUUACCUUCUUUCUGUGUCCAUAGAGACGUUGUUCUGAACGGCAUGUAUUUUUUUGUAACCAGGAUGUACAGACCCCCCCCCCUGAGAGAUAAAGAGGAAGAUGUAUGUAUGGACUUGUACAAAAGGAGCUGUAAUCUAACUUGUUAAAAUGUACAAACGUUUGUAAAGUCUUUGAUGGAGGGAACUUUUCUGCAGGAGGAAACUUUUCUUUAUUUUCAUCCACAGUCCGGACCGCGGUCAGACUCACGGCGUUUUCACGGAUAUUUGCUGUUUGUCGGUUCGUUCUGUUAUUCUGUUUCUGAAACAAAAAGCUGAACGUCUCGCUGGGUUCUGAUUUGAUGCAGGAAAGACUCAGACUGAUGAUUAAUAUUUUUGUUUCUGUCUAAAGUUUCUUUACCAUAUCUAACGGAGGACAUGUUAUUGCUGUUUCGCAUUAAAUCAAAGUUUCCUCAUUUGAUUGGGGUGAUAUUUGGGUCGAUCAGAAGUUAGCUGAACCAACCCUGUCGUGUCUUUUUUAAUGUUUCCAAAAUCAAGGCAGAGGAGAAACCGGAUUUCCAGAUGGUUUUGUUUGUGCGCUUUUCUAUGUAAACACAGAUGAAUUUGUAUCUCGUCAGCAGGAUUUUGGCAGAGGUACUCGUUAGCCGACCGCCAGGAUUGUCUGUAGUUCCACUUGAACCAAAAUAACUUUGGUUGAGUGAAGAAAUAACUUUCUAAGAUCAGACUGAGUUUUGUUUGCAGUUUCUGAAGCUCUCCUCCAGCUGUUAACAUGUCUUAUAAAAAAGGUUUGCAGUAAUCGUCUUCAAACUGAGCAUGAGACUCCUCUUCUGGGGAGACAUGAAGUUGCUUCUGUGGUCACUUUUUCUGGCUACAAGGUUCUUGCUGAAUGAAAUAAAGCUCAAAUAAGCUUCUCCAGGAUUUGUCUGUGCC